AACCAGUUAAAAUAUGAUUUCAUAUUGAGUUGUAUCGAAGAUGUCAAUCAUAUUGGUGCUGCUCGUUGUCAGUGUUUUUAUAGGAAGUGAGUGCAACUAUUUUGGAGAUUUAUUCAAAUGCAAUGACUUGUUGCUAAAGUGUCAGGAAACUGAAACCAUAAUGGGGAAGUUCAAUAAAAUGACAAAUGAGCUGAAUCGAAACUGCAGUCGGGAAAUUGGCCCCAAGUGGAGCAAUAUCACCCGUUGUGAAUUGGCAGCUACAAAGUGUUUGUUGAAGGAGAUGAAUGCAAUGGACGCGAAUUGUGAAAAUAUUGCCGAUGUAAUGCACCUUUAAAAAGCGUAUUUACUAUCUAUAUAAAAAGUAACGGAAAUGGUAGAGAAUAAAACAUUACUUACAUACUUAAAUUUGAA